AUGGCCGGGAAACGGCACCCGGAGCCUCUGGACCCUGUGAUUUUCAACAAGCUACCUCGGCUGGAGCCCGAGCCGGGCCUGGGGCUCCCCGGCAGCCUCUGCACCGCGAGCCCCGUGCCGCCCGCCGGCCCCGAAAGCCCCUGCGACUACAAGGGCUCCUACUUCGCCUGCCCGCUGCCGAGCCACGACAGCGCCGAGCCGCUGGCGCGCUGGAGCCCGGCAGCCGCCUACCUGCCCUGUGCCGGCGGGCGGCCCGGCGCGCUGCUGAGCUGCCUGCUGUACCGGCGCGAGGCCGAGAGCCCGGGCGCCCGGCCGCGGCCGCCCAGCGCCGAGAAGGGCCAGGACAGCCUGGCGCGGGAGCUGCUGCUGGCGCGGGAGAGCUGGGCCAGCCAGCUGCGCCCCUGGGACCCGCCGGCGCCGGGCCACCCGUUCGCGGUGAAGAAGCCGGUGGCCGUGCACCAGGCGGGCUGUGCCGCCCUGGCCGUCCCCAAGCCCGUCUACGGGGCGCCGGUGUGCUACGCGGAGCCCAGGACGCCCCUGGCGCUGGCGGCGCCGGCCGAGAGCCCGCAGACGACGCUGGGGGACGCGGACUGGGCGCUCCCCGCCGCGGCGCCGGCCGGCCACCGCCCGCCCCGCGGGGGUCCCGCCGCCUUCCCCCCUUACUACGCCGCCCUGGAGAAGCUCUGGCCUCCCGCCGGCGCGCCGCUCCUCCGCGCCGGCCCCCCGCCCGCCGCCCGCCACCCCGGCAAGGGGGUCUCCGAGGUUUCCGCCGGCGGCCCGAGCCAGGACGCCUGGUCCCAGCUGCGCGCACCCCACUCGCCGGCGUGCCGGGAGAGACCGCCAGGCUGCUGCCCGCAGGCUCCCUACGCGCUGCCCGUCCCCGGGCCGGCCCUGCUCUACCACCCGCAGGCUCCCGCCCUGGAGAAGCAGGCGAUCGCCCUCCCUUCCCUGCCCGGCGGCUACAGGGGAUUCGGCUUUCCGGCCAGUGCGGAGCCUCUUCCCAGCACUUACCUGAAGCCUCAAGCCCCACGGAGCUACUUGGGGGGCCCUUCGGAGAGCCCCGCGCCCCGGGCGGCGGGCUCCAGCGCGGCCCCCUCGCCGCCCCGCGCGGCCGCGGCGCUGCCGCGGGAGGCCGAACCCCGGCGGCGCGCGGCCACCUACCAGCUGGACUUCCCGCCGCCGAGCCCCGGCUUUGCCUUCGGGCCCCCCGGCGCCGCCCCGUACGGCACCUGCUUUGCCGGCGAGGGGCUCGGGGCCGGCAGAGCCGCUGCUCCCCGCGGGGCCCCGGAGAGCUCCCGCGGGAAGGUGGUGGCGAGACACAACAGCGCUUUCCAACCCGUCUGCGCCCUGGACAAGCUGCCCCGGGGCUCUGAGAGACCCCUGGAAACAUUUCCCAAAGGAGAACGGGGCUACAGCUUGGACUUCUGCCCAGCGGCAAAACCCACCGCGUGGGAGCAGGACCCCCCUUACCUGGAGAAGAGGAGGAGCAGCCUGACCCUCGGGGAGAGCGCCCACGGCACCCAAGGGGCCCCCAAAGCUCCCCCAGCAGCUCCAAUCGUAGCAGACAGCCCCGUCUCCCACCAGCGUUUGGGGAAGGGAGAGGGCCCUAAAGCCAGAGACGCAGCCAGAGAGCUGGUUCCUUCUUCUCGGGUUGCACCUCCAGAGGGUGGGCUGAAAGACCCGCAAAGCGGCGAGAUUUCUCCUUCGUCCCCUCCUAUGCCGGUUAUCAACAAGGUCUUCAGCUUGGCUCCUUACCGAGACUAUCUGGAGGGGUCUGAAGGCUCAGCCGAUGUCCCCUUCUCAAAGGACCACCCAAAGGUAGAUGCCCCGCUCCGAUCCGUGGGGAACAGCUUGGGAAGCAAGGACUCUUUCAGGUCUCUGUCAGAGCCAGCUGCCGUCAAAGAUACCCCAGAGACGCCCGGCGUGCCGCCCGCCGGGAAGGAGGCCGGCCAGGCGUUACAAGCGGGGAGCAGCGUGGUGGUCCAGGGCUGCAAGCUGAUGGCAGGCGAAGGGGGCGGUUGUUACAGAAGGGCCCCCGAGAAUCACAAGCCAAGGCUUCUGCCCUGUGACCGGUUGGCAAAAAGCAACCCGGGACCUCAGGAUGGCAGCCUGAGCGGGCCUGGCAGGGCUGGGGGCAGGGAGCCGGCUGCCGACGAGGUUGUGUUGGAUCUUAGCUUGAAAAAGAGACUGGUGAAACCGGUAGAAACCAAAGGUCCUGCUGGCCACCCGAAGGGGACGUCUAAAGGAGAAGAUGCGGCAGGAGAGAAAGAGGAGCCACCCCGGAAGGUGGAGACGGGAGAGGGAGCCAAGGCUCAGGCGUUACCAUUGUUGAUAGAGGUUGGGUCUGGGGACAAGAGCAAUUUCCAGAGCUCGGCCACCUUCAUGUUCAAAAAAUACAAGAUCUCCAAAUCCCUCCCGCCCGGCUCCGUGCCCCCGCGCCAGGCCGCCGGACCCCCGGCCGUGCAGCCCAGCCCGCCUCCCGCGGCUCCGUCCGGCAGCGUCCCCGCGCCGCGAAGCCCGCACGCGUCGCCGCAGCCUUGCAGCCCCCCGGUGCCGCCUGCGCUCCACGCCAACCCCCAGCCCAGCACCUCUGUUCUUCAGGUGGCUUGCCUGGACCUGAAGCUCUCCGACAUUUCAAAGCCCCUGCUGCCCAGCGCACCGGAAGCCCCCCGGGCGCUCGGAGAGGACAACGUCUCGCUGCCCGGCCACUGUGAAUCCCCUGCCCAGCAGACCUCCGCCAGCCAGUAUUUCACCGCCUUGCACGCCUCUCUCUGCAAUGUUAUUUCAUGUUCUGUGUCCGGGUCCUCUCCAGAGCUGCUCCAGGAGUGGCUGAAGAGGGCAGAGCCUGAGGAGGAGCUCAGAGAGAUGCCCAAAUCCCCCCCCAAACCCAAGAAUGGUUCGAGACUCUCUGAGCCCCAGAAGCCCACCAAAGGCAAGGAGAUCUGGCUGGCUUUCAAGGACGUGGCUGCUCUCCUCAGCAAGCUCCUGUCUCAGCUGGAGACCUUCAUGUUCACUCGCAAGUGCCCCUUCCCCCACGUGGUUCGGGCUGGUGCCAUUUUCAUUCCCAUCCAUGUGGUGAAGGAGAAGCUCUUCCCCAAGCUCCAGGGGGCUUCUGUUGACCAAGUGUUGCAGGAGCACAAGGUGGAGUUGCGCCCAACCACCCUCUCAGAAGAGAAGCUUUUGAGGGACCUGGAGCUCAAGAGCUGCACUUCCCGCAUGCUGAAGCUCCUGGCUCUGAAGCAGCUCCCGGACAUCUACCCAGACCUGCUGAACCUCCACUGGCAUGACUCUGUCAAGCAACAGCUUGGUGGAGCGAGAGGUGCUGCUCUGCGCGAGGGCUCCACUCCCGGAUCACAUCCAAAAGCGGCUUCAAAAUGUUUUUAAGAGACUAUGACAGCUAACAAAAACAAACCCCAGGAGCGUCACAGCACAGAGCCCGGAUGGCCCCAAAGAAAACUUCGGGGACGUGUGAUUUGGGGACGAUCCUCGAUACUUGACCGAGGAGCGGCGACCGGCAGCGCCCCUGCCCGGGGGCGGAGGGGAAGGAGAGGGGGCCGGGCGCCGCGAGAGGCCCCCGAAAGGAGAUCGCUCCCCUCCCCGCGCGUUUCGGGGCACGGGGGUCUCCCCGCGCCGCCAGCGGCGGCCAGCGAAGAGCCCUCCAGGCGUACGGACCAGAGCAGAGGCCUUAGAAACUCAACACUCAGGUGUUUCCAGCUGUCGCAGGGAGCGGAGCAACGAGUAAAGAUGAGAUUUUUUUUUUUUUUUUUCACUACAGGAAGUAUUUAUUUUAAACUAAGAAAAUGGAAAAAAAAAAAAAAACAAAAAGAUCAACCCAAACCGUAGCCCAGACUCGCCGUAGCCGGGUUUGGGGUUUUCCAGCUUCGGGAGGCAGCGGCUGCUGCGUCGCCCGGCGGUUGGGCUUUCCGGCGGGACGCACCGAGCGCGCAGGAGCCCGGGACGUCGGCGGCGCUCCGCUCCUCUCCUUGCUCUCCCUCGCCACGCCGAGUCUGCGAGUAGCAUUGUAAAGCGAGUCGGAAAGCUGUAUUUGUUAAUAACAUUGUAAUUUUUUAUAUAUAUAUAUAUAUAUAUACAUAUAUAUAUAUAUAAAGUUCCCUGGAAGAAUGUUCUUUCACUUUAUUUAAACGUUUUGUAAGAAUAUGAGUUUUAAGAGGUGCCUCACCCCAUUAAAGUGUUUUUUUGGGGCUCGUUUUGGA